AUGGAGGGCUUACAUCUCCUGGCAGAUGUUGCCAUUGCUGAUUAUCAAUUACACAUGAUCACGCAUAGAAAUCAAGAUUUUGAUGAUCGCAAUGAUGAUGAUGGUUCUACUAAGAAGAAGAAGAAGCGGGAUACCGAAUUUCCAGAUGUACUGGUUUCUGAAUUAUCAGCAAAGGGAAGAAAUUGUUUCCCACUUGAUCAAGUAGCCUACAAAUUUAACGAUUUGAAUCUUUUGCCUGAUGCGACUGCCGCUUCUUCUUCUCUUCUUGAUGAUUGGGACUACAACACAACUUACAAUGCUAAGAAGAACAAGAACCCGAUGAAGCCCAGACCCAAAUCCUCUGUUGAAUCUACUUCUUGGUCUUUACAGGUUAGCAACUCUAACCUGAAGCUUUAUUUCAAGAAAAACAACGACACCCUUGUUCCUUCUACUCAAACAUCAUCAAAUCCCUCUUUCUCCUGCCACGCCAUUGAUCUGUUAGAACAAGUUGCUUUUGCCUACAAAACCUCUAAUUUGUGGGCAUUAUGUGACAACACCAUACCCACCAAAAGGAGAUCAACUUGCAGCAGGAGACCGAACAUGAGUGCCAAAUAUGUUCCGACAACACCCAUUGCAGGUACUAAACGAGGUUUUGUUGAAAAAGAAGCAGAAGAAUGCCAAAGCCAAAAUUCUUCCAACAAGAGAAGGAGGGUGACCCAAUCACUGCCAAUAAAAUUAAGCAACUAUUUGGCAACAAAGAAUGGAGUCAGUGACGCAAAGUUGGUCAUAAUCAAGCAACUGUAUGACACCGAUUUGAACCCCCAACAUUGUCGCUUAUCAAUCCCUGUCAAUCAAGUUAUUGACAGGGACUUUCUGACGCCAGAAGACAGGGGAAGACUAGAUAAUCGUGAAGCCAUUGACGUUACACUCAUCCAGCCAUGCUUUGAAGAGAAGCCAAUGCAUUUGAAGAAAUGGAUGAUGAACGGGACUGGGAUUUACGUCUUGAAUAAAGGCUGGAAUUCUGUGAUCAGAAACAGGAAGAAUGGUCUCCGUCUAAAUUCCAAGGUAGAGAUUUGGUCCUUCACCUCCAAUGGGGACCUCUACUUUGCACUUUCUGCUAGAGAUGAUGAUAUUCGUACUGCUAUCUGUGCUGACAGUGGAAGGAGUGGCAAGUCCGGAGAUUUGGAGCCAACUUGUGAUGAUGAUGAUGAGAGUACUAUUACCAUUCAGGAGGAUGUUUAA